AUGUGGAGACGAACGUACCUGCUGCUGCUGGUGAUCCGGGUGUACUUCGCACUGUCUCCAAGUUAUUUACACCCGGAUGAGAAUUUCCAGGGCCCUGAAGUCUUUGCAGGUCGCAUUUUCUCCUAUCCAUCCCGCUUACCCUGGGAGUUCACCUCCGAUAAGCCGAUACGCAGCGUCUUCCCACUAUGGCCGACUUACGACGUACCGAUGAACCUGCUGAAGGGAUUCUAUACAGAAAGCGGAACACUAAACCCUCCGCCAGAGCUGGUUUACUAUGUGUUGCGAGGGGUCAUGUUUCUCUUGAGCUUUGUGCUCGAGGAUUGGGCCGUCUAUGAGCUGGUUCCCCUACCGCGCCAUCGCCGCGCGACGGUGGUCCUAGUCGCAUCCUCGUAUGUCACCUGGACAUAUCAGACGCACACCUUCUCCAACUCCAUCGAGACCCUGUUGGUCGCCUGGGGCUUAGUCUUGAUUCAGCGCAUUGUUGAUAACAAGCGACGCUCGUCCAUCUUCGCAUGCGCCGUGCUAUCUCUCAUCGCCGUCGUGGGUGUUUUCAACCGCAUCACUUUUCCGGCCUUCCUCCUCGUCCCAGGGCUGCGGUUACUGCCUCAUUUUUGGCGCAAGCCUUUGUCCUUGCUUUCAUUUGCUGGGUUCGGUCUAUUCUUCUUCUGCAUCGCUGUCCUUGUCGAUACAACAUUCUACAAACCUUCUGCCUCGCUUUGGGACGCUGUUCACGCACCUAUCAUCACGCCCCUCAAUAAUCUGCUCUACAAUAGCGACAAGUCCAACCUAGCUCUCCAUGGCCUUCACCCUCGGUAUCAUCACUUUCUAGUCAAUCUGCCGCAACUCCUGGGGCCAGCGUAUGUGGCGAUAAUACUUUCUUUGAGCAAGUCGAAAGCAAUUCAGUCUUCGCUAAAGAACAUACGCGCCGUCUCUGCCAUAUCAGCAACCGCUAUGCUUUCGUUGUUUCCGCACCAGGAACCCCGGUUCCUGCUUCCAUGCGUCCCGCUCCUCCUUAGUUGCCUCCGCGUGCGUAAAUCGCGUCUUUUCUUGGCGGCCUGGGUGAUUUUCAAUGCCGCUCUAGGUUUCCUCAUGGGAGUGUACCAUCAGGGUGGUGUAGUCCCUACUCAACUUGCGAUCCCCUCAAUCGUCUCCGAUAGCUUCUUCGAGGCCGGUGCCAGCGACAAUGCCCAGAAAUCUGCUACAAUACUCUGGUGGAAGACCUAUUCCCCUCCAUUGUGGUUGUUAGGAGAUAACACCAGCACCCAGCUGGACAUCGAAACGCGGGACUUGAUGGGUAUCUCCGGGCCCGAAAUGGCCAGCGAGCUCGAGAAAUUGGUGCCACAAUGCCCGAACCCCGACGACAGCAACAGCUUGGAGAAUCCCGAACGCUCGAUCUUCGUGGUCGCACCUAAAUCCGCUACUUUCCUCGACCGGUAUACAGAUCCCUCGCCCGACAAUUCAGGUCUCACACUGCACGAGCUGUGGACUUGGCGCAAGCAUCUCAAUUUGGAUGACCUGGACUUUGGCACUGAUGGCAUCCUCCCUACCUUGAACCGAGUGAUCGGCAGACGCGGAUUGUCCGUCUGGGCCGCACGAAGAAGUGGUUGUGUUUGA